AUGGGCAGCAAGUUGAACAUGGAAGGUAUCAUGCUCUUUGAGCAACCCUUCGCCAAGGUCCCUUACGAGAAUUACCGCAAGAUCUUCCGUACUCAACAGAAGAAUGUCGAACGCGAGCUCGGAGCGGUACAAACUUCUUCAAAGGACCUGGUAUCCAGCGCCGCCGAUGGGUCCUUGACAGCGGAGGAUGCCCUGAAAUCGAUAGACAACAUGAUAGGAAGGGUGGAGAACCUGAAGCGGAAGCUGUCGGACCUUCAUGAAAGUGCAGGGAAGCCAACUCAGGAAGUUAUGCGAGAACGCUUCCACCAUUUGGCUACCGUGGAAUCCGUCCAGAAUACGAGCCAGCCAGAGUUCUCGAGAUGGGCGGACACUCGUCUGGACAGGUGGCUUGUUGACUGGUGCCUUAGGACAGGAAAGGAGAAGUCGGCAAGAGCCAUCGCCAGGGAAAAGAGGAUUGAAACUCUCGUCGACAUCGACCUGUUCUCGGAUAUUCGUCGAAUAGAGGAUGCUUUAUCCCGACAUAGCUGCACAGAAGCACUGGCAUGGUGUAGUGAGAACAAGACUGCGUUACGCAAAGCUAAGAGCACCUUGGAAUUCGACCUUCGAAUGCAAGAAUACAUAGAACUGUCGCGAAACAGGAACACACUGGAAGCGAUUGCUUAUUCGCACAAGCAUUUAAUCGCAUGGCAGGAGACGCAUCUUCCUCAAAUACGCCAGCUGGCGGCUUUGUUGGCGUUUCCACCAAAUACUUCUUGCCCACCUUACAAACGUCUCUAUGACCCUUCCAGGUGGAAGAGCCUUGCGAAAUCCUUUCGGCUCGCGAUUUACAACUUGAAUACACUUUCCACUGAACCCCUACUCCACCUUUCGCUAUAUGCAGGCCUAGUUGCGUUGAAAUUGCCUGCAUGCUUCGACCAUUCUACCCGAAAUGUCGAUUGUCCGGUGUGCGACGGCGAGUCUGGAACCGGUUCACAAUCGCUUGGACUCGGUAAACUGGCAGCAGAGGUUCCUUAUAGCCAUCAUGCGAAUUCUACCAUCGUCUGUCGAAUAAGUGGGAAAAUCAUGGACGAAGAUAAUAUGCCGAUGGUCUUCCCACAUGGAGACGUGUACUCCAAGGAGGCUUUGGAAGACAUGGCGGCCAGGAAUGACGGUAUUGUGACUUGCCCGCGAACUGGGAAGUCUUGCGCGUUCAGCGAACUGAAAAAGGUUUUUAUCUCAUGA